CACAUUCUCUCAGUGCCUGUUUGCCUGCCCCUUCCCCACAGGGUUUGAGUCAACUGCCUAGCCAGGAUGAGCUGGAGUUUCCUGACACGGCUCCUGGAGGAGAUCAACAACCACUCAACCUUUGUAGGCAAGAUCUGGCUGACUGUUCUCAUUGUCUUCCGCAUCGUGCUGACAGCCGUGGGGGGUGAGUCCAUCUACUACGAUGAGCAGAGCAAGUUUGUCUGCAACACACAGCAGCCGGGCUGUGAGAACGUUUGCUACGACGCUUUUGCCCCCCUCUCCCACGUCCGCUUCUGGAUCUUCCAGAUCAUCAUGGUGGCCACGCCAUCAGUGCUCUACCUGGGCUUUGCCAUGCACCGCAUCGCUCGCAUGCCUGAGUCCUCACGGCGCCGGACACCAGCAGCCCGGCGGGCUCGCAUGCCGGUGGUGCGCCGGGGAGCCGGGCGGGACUACGAGGAGGCAGAAGAUGAUAACGAAGAAGACCCCAUGAUCUUUGAGGAGAUCGAGGUGGAGAAGGAGAAGAGUCCAGAGGGCGGAGAGAAGCAUGAUGGCCGGCGCCGCAUCAAGCAGGAUGGGCUGAUGCGUGCCUAUGUCCUGCACUUGCUGUGCCGCUCACUGCUAGAAAUGGUUUUCCUCUUUGGGCAGUACCUGCUGUACCGCUUUGAGGUGAGCCCCUCCUACGUCUGCAGCCGCAGCCCCUGCCCGCACACCGUCGACUGCUUUGUCUCCCGCCCCACCGAGAAGACCAUCUUCCUCCUCAUCAUGUAUGCUGUCAGUGGGCUCUGCCUCUUCCUCAACCUCUGUGAGCUCUUGCACCUUGGUGUGGGGCGCAUCCGUGAUGCCCUGAGCCAGUCUGGUGGCCCUCCGCUCCCAAUUGGCGACAGUCCUGCACCACAGUACCCCAAGAAAGCCCCCAGUGCACCUCCCACCUACCACUCGCUGAAGAAGGAGCUGCCACAAGCCCCACUGACCAACGGCAAGCUGGACUACCAGGAGAGCCUGGCCCAGGGGCGCUUCGCUCUGGCUGGGGCUCCCCCGGCACAUGAGCUGGACCGGCUGCGUGAGCAUCUGCGCCUGGCCCAGGAGCACCUGGAGGUGGCCUUCCACCUCCAGCCCCCUCCGAGGCCCCCCAGCCCUGCCCGCAGCAGCAGUCCUGAGGCCAACGGCAUUGCUGCCGAGCAGAACCGCCUCAACCUCGCCCACGAGAAGGGGACCACUGCCUGCGACAGGACCACGGGGCUGUGAGUGCCACCAGGGAUGACGGCGGUGACUGCUGGAGCGGCUGGCGCCGCCACCAUGGGACAGGCGUCCUGCCAGGAGU